GUUGACCAUGAACGAAGUUUUUCAGCCGCUGCUGGAUAAAUGCGUCAUCGUGUACCUCGACGACAUCCUGAUCUACAGCACUACCCGGGAACAACUUUUGAAGGAUUUGGAAGCAGUUUUCUCUCUCCUUCAGCAGAACCGACUCAUCACCAAGGGCUCUAAGGGCAAGUUUCUAAAACACGAACUAGAGUUUUUGGGCCACGUCAUUUCCAUCGAUGGUGUUAAAAUCGACCCUAAGAAGAUCGCGACCAUACAAGACUGGAAGCCGCCGGCUACUCUCCGCGAACUUCAAAGUUUCCUGGGGUUUGUAAAUUACGUUCGCCGGUUCAUCCCGAACAUGGUGGGGGUAACCUCCCCUUUUACGGAUCUCCUAAAGAAAGGCACCUUUUAUGAGUGGGGGGGAGAGCAGCAGGCUGCGUUCGACCAGCUCAAACUUUUCCUGACUACACCUCCGGUUCUUCGAAUUGCAGAUCCUCACCGUCCGUUCGAGCUCAUCACCGACGCUAGCAACCUAGCUGUUGGCGCAGUACUGUUACAGGACUUCGGCAAAGGACUUCAACCCAUCGCCUAUGAGUCACGAAAGCUGAACCCGGCCGAGCGAAAUUAUCCUGUCCACGACAAGGAGUUACUCGCCAUCGUGCAUGCUUUCAAGGUCUGGCGCUGCUACCUGACGGGCGCUGACGUGACGGUCCGAACAGACCACAAAUUGCUACAGUUCAUCCGCGCCCAACCGACACUAAAUCCUCGACAGAUUCGCUGGCUCGAUUACCUCGAGUCGAACUUCCACUACAGUGUCACCUACAAACGGGGGGUUAGCAACAUCGCCGACGCACUGACCCGCCCUUCAAUCCACACCGCCGCAGUCCUAAUUACCCAAACUAAUCUGCUGCUAACUGGCCUAUUCACCCACGGAUAUAGUACCGAUCCCUUCUUCACCACUAACAGAUAGACGCGACAACCCAUCUAUCG